GUUCCCAUCAUCUCCAAUCCCAUCAACACUUCAACACAAGAGUCUAUGUAGUUAGGGCUCUGAAGUCAAUGCCCAAUGCCAGAUAUAUUUCAAUGGAUUUUGACACAGGUGGCAUUGAUGCUGAUGGCCAUAGGAAAUUCCAUAUUCAACCACUACCCUUCAUCUUUUCAGUAAUCCCAAAACCAAUUGGGUUUUUUUUUUUUUUUUGGAUUUUUUAUCUAAAUUCUCAAACACCAAGAAGAAUAGAAGUUCAAUAGAGUGAGAAAGUAGUUUUAAAAAGGGACUAAAAUAAUAAUGAGAGAAAAGCAGAAAGAGAAUACACUAACUGUAGCCUCUUUGUUGCUGCCACAACACAGGAAAACAAAACAAAUAAGCAACUUCUUCUGAUCAUCUCAUCAAUCAAGCCUUGUUUUUCACUCAUCAUCUCUUCUUUCCCCUCCAACCAAACUAACCCCAAAAGUCUUCCUAUUUUCUUUCCUUUCUCUUUCUCUUUGAGGGUGGGGGUGCUAAAGAGAUCGCCCAUCAAUGGAGAAUUCAAAAAGGUCAUCUCCUUUAAGUUCCCCACAUAGCAAUGCAAACAACAGCAGCAGCAGCAAUGGGGUUGUCCAAAUUCACACCCCACCUCUAACACCAAUUCCCAUCUCCAGAUCUGAAACCAACCCUUACCCAACAACCUUUGUCCAAGCUGACACAACUAAUUUCAAACAGGUUGUCCAAAUGCUAACUGGCUCAUCAGAAACCGCUAAACAAGCUUCCUCAAAACCUCCAACACAACAACAAAACCAACAUCAUCAUCUUCAGCAACAGCAACAAGAUCCACUGUUACCAUCAAAAUCAUCUUUUCCUAUACCUCCCAUCAAAACCAACUCUCCCAAAAAACCAAAUUUCAAACUUUAUGAAAGAAGAAACAGUAACCUGAAAAACAGCCUCAUGAUCAACACUUUUCUUCCUACUAGUGUUGCAAAUUCACCAAGGAAUGCAGAGAUCUUGUCUCCAAGCUUGCUUGACUUCCCAAAGCUAACUCUUAGCCCAGUUACACCAUUAAAUGAAGAUCCUUUCGACAAGUCUUCACCUUCUUUAGGGAAUUCAUCAGAAGAAGAGAAAGCUAUAGCUGAGAAACGUUUUUACUUGCACCCAUCACCUAUGUCAACUCCUAGAGACACUGAGCCUCAGCUUUUGCCACUGUUUCCAGUUACUUCACCAAAAGUUUCAGGUUCUUCUUGAGAAUUUGAAAGUGAUUAUGUAAUUAGAGGGCGAUUUGUCAAGAGGAUUAAUAGGUUUUGGCUGAAUUUGAGUGAAAAAAAAAGGGUAGAGGAUCUUUCUUCAAUUGUAUGAUUUUAUCUCCCUUUGAUUAUGGUAAAGGUCUUCUUUUCAACUAUCUUCUUUCUUCUUUCUUUUUGGAUUUUGGUUUGGUAGUUAAACUAUAAAAACUAGAUGAAUUCUCCAUAGACUAUAUGAGAAAAAUUACAACUAAUUUCUCAUUAGUUCUUUUUUGUUUUGCAUAAUGAAGAAGUCAAUUUCUUUCUUUUGGGAGGUUGUAAUGGCCAGGAAGCCAAGUCAGUUACUGCUAUCUAUCCUUUUGAGUAAUUUGACUUUCUUGAACUAAUCUUUUGGCUGUCCUGCCUUUUGUUUUUAUGAAAAUGCAAUAGUAAUUCCUUUCAAUGUACAAUCAAAAGCAAGUCAGCUUGGUAGCUCUUUUCUGCUCAGAGGGUUUCAGAAAUGAAAAAAAUU